AGAGGCGGCAGCGCGCGUGCGCCUUACGCCCGCCGCCGGGUAACGGUGGCGGGUCGGUGCGGGUGAUUUGUAUGAGGCUCUCGGUAACGGCUGCCGGGAGCAUCGGUGCCUCCACGUGUGCCUGCGGGACGGGGGGCUAUCUCUCAGAACGGCGGGCUGGCCGGGCGCGGGGUCACCGCCUGCCGCCGCUGCCUGUAAAGUGUCGGAGUAACUGCGGUGGGAGGAUCGGCAUGAGGCACGGCCUGGUUGGGAGACGCCCCAAGCCAGGAGGCUUCGGCCCGUGCUUGUGGCUGUGAGGACGUCGGCGCUUGUCGAUGCGUAUCUAACAGCAUGGAAACGUAGGUUUGAAUCCGCUUUUGUGGCAGUGUAUUGAAGAGACCUGAAGAUCACCUUACGCCUCAGCUUACCACAAACUGCAAACAGCAAAAUGACAGUCAGGUGAUUCAUGGCAGGGGACGUGGAAGGGUUUAGCUCCUCCAUCCAUGACACCAGUGUCUCUGCUGGAUUCAGAGCACUGUAUGAGGAGGGAUUGCUUCUUGAUGUCACACUUGUCAUUGAAGACCACCAAUUUCAGGCCCAUAAAGCACUGCUUGCCACCCAGAGUGAUUACUUCAGGAUUAUGUUCACAGCUGACAUGCGGGAACGAGAUCAGGACAAAAUCCAUUUGAAAGGUCUGACAGCUACAGGCUUCAGUCAUGUCCUCCAAUUCAUGUAUUAUGGAACUAUUGAACUGAGUAUGAACACUGUUCACGAAAUCCUUCAGGCUGCCAUGUACGUCCAGCUUAUAGAGGUGGUAAAAUUUUGCUGCUCUUUUCUCCUAGCUAAAAUCUGCCUAGAAAACUGUGCAGAAAUCAUGAGACUUCUGGAUGAUUUUGGUGUAAACAUCGAAGGAGUCAGGGAAAAAUUAGACUCUUUCCUGCUAGAGAAUUUUGUGCCGCUCAUGUCCAGACCUGACUUCCUUUCAUAUCUGAGCUUUGAAAAGCUCAUGUCUUACUUGGAUAAUGAUCAUCUGAGCAGGUUUCCAGAGAUAGAGCUGUAUGAAGCUGUUCAGGCCUGGCUGCGCCAUGAUAGAAGACGCUGGAGGCAUACGGACACCAUCAUUCAGAACAUCAGGUUUUGUUUGAUGACACCAUCCAGUGUUUUUGAGAAGGUAAAAACAUCAGAGUUUUACCGAUACUCCCGGCAGCUGCGACAUGAGGUUGACCAAGCCAUGAAUUACUUUCAUAGCGUUCACCAGCAGCCUUUGAUGGAAAUGAAAUCGAACAAAAUUCGUUCUGCCAAACCCCAGACUGCCGUGUUUAGAGGAAUGAUAGGACACAGUAUGGUAAACAGUAAAAUUCUUCUCUUGCACAAACCGAGGGUCUGGUGGGAACUAGAGGGUCCUCAAGUACCUUUACGACCAGACUGCCUUGCCAUUGUGAAUAACUUUGUGUUCCUGUUAGGUGGGGAAGAACUGGGGCCAGAUGGUGAGUUUCAUGCUUCAUCCAAAGUGUUUAGAUAUGACCCAAGACAGAACACUUGGUUACGAAUGGCAGACAUGUCUGUCCCGCGUUCUGAGUUUGCUGUUGGAGUUAUUGGGAGGUACGUUUAUGCAGUGGCUGGGAGAACCAGGGAUGAAACCUUUUAUUCAACUGAACGGUAUGAUAUUACUGAAGAUAAAUGGGAAUUUGUAGAUCCCUAUCCAGUCAAUAAAUAUGGACAUGAAGGAACUGUGCUGGGGAACAAGUUGUAUAUCACUGGUGGAAUUACAUCAUCUUCAACUUCUAAGCAAGUGUGUGUAUUUGAUCCCAGUAAAGAAGGGACAGUAGAGCAGCGAACAAGGAGAACUCAAGUGGUCACUAACUGUUGGGAGAACAAAUGCAAAAUGAAUUAUGCAAGAUGCUUUCACAAAAUGAUUUCUUACAAUGGUAAGCUUUAUGUCUUUGGAGGUGUCUGUGUGAUCCUCAGGGCUUCCUUUGAAUCUCAAGGAUGUCCCUCUACAGAGGUUUACGACCCUGAUACUGAUCAGUGGACUAUAUUGGCUUCUAUGCCAAUUGGUAGGAGUGGUCACGGUGUAGCUGUUCUGGACAAACAGAUAAUGGUUCUUGGAGGCCUCUGUUACAAUGGUCAUUACAGUGACUCAAUUCUCACCUUUGAUCCAGAGGAAAACAAGUGGAAAGAAGAUGAAUACCCAAGGAUGCCCUGCAAGCUGGAUGGCUUACAGGUCUGCAGCUUGCACUUCCCUGAAUAUGUUUUGGAACAUGUUAGACGUUGCAGCUGAAACAGAAUAAACACUCUCAGUGAAACAUGAAAAGCUGAAUCUUAUUUGUCAGAAAAAAAAAGUAGAUCAUUCCGAAAGUAAUGCCUCCUAUUUAUUUCCAAGGAAACUACGACAUACACAAAGAGCACAGUAACAUUACUUGAUUGAGCAAGUUCUUGGCUGCAAAAUGCUAUUUUUCACUAUAGUCACCACCAUGGGCUAUGCAUUCUCGACUGUAACGAGCAAGAGCCUGGCAUGCUGUGCUUGUGAAAACCUGUACCAGCGGAGUUGACCCAUUGUUCUAUGGCUGCUUUGAUGGCAUGGUUCAUAGGAAAAUGUUGUCCAUGCAGUCUGUCUUCCGUCGGCUCAAACAAAUGGAAAUCAGAAGGCGCCAAAUCCAGGUAAUACGAUGGAUGUGGUGAACAGUCCAGCCUAGAUUGGCAGUGUGAUCCACAGUCUUCAAACUAGUAUGGGGCAUGGAGUUACUAUGUUACAGGAGAAAGGCCCUCUUCUUUUUUGGUUUAUGUCACGUCCCACCUGUCAGCUAGUUGUCACGGCAACUGCUUUGCACUGCAAGUGUUUGAGACAUACCAAGCACACCCCAAAAGGUCAUAAAGUAUUUUUUGUUGAUCUUUUACAGCCUGGCUCUGGAUUAAGCCUUCAGCUUAAUCAGCGCUAUGAUGGAGCGGUCAGAGUUGAUGGUUUCUCUGGGUUCCAGGAAAUCUAGAAGGAUCACCGCCUUCAUAUCCCAAAAGACUGUGCACACAUUUUACCUGCUGACGGCUGCAUCCUGAACUUUUUGUGAGGAAUUCAUGCUCUGUGAACUGCUGUUUUGACACUGGCUCAAAAUUUUGACAGCAAAUCACAUUAUCAGUAAUGCGAUCCAGAAAACCGUCACUUUCAGCCUUGCACUGGAUUCCUGCUCAUAACUCACUGAUUCAAGCAAGUGGUCUGAUCGAGACACUCUUCAUUUCAUGAUGUGACAGCUGUGUACAGCCAUCUGGAACAUAGCUUGUCUUUCACAUCGCUUACCACUGCUGAAAUGCACCACCCGCUGCCUCACUGUGCUCACAUCCACUGUUGAUCUCCAGAAACGUUCAGCAUGCGUCAGUGAAUGUCAGUGGGUGCAAUUGUUUCCUGUUUUAUUGGAGGAAUUUCAGUCACACACACUUCACACCCACUUCCCCAGACUGCCCGUCUGCUGUCAUCUGUCACAUGGCGACAAAAUGUAGUGGACUAUUGGAGGGAAAGUUCAACUUCUACUGCUAUACCACCGCCAUCUGCCUCCGACAUUGUGAGCCAACAUAAUACAAUAGGAGGCAUUACUUUUGGAGCAGCUAACAUACAGUCUAGUUGAAUUCCUUCAGAGACAUUAGCAUGUUGUGUGUAAGGACAACUGCUAAAUGCUUAAGAGAAACAGGAUUUACAGGGAGAAUACUUACCAAGUUUGUUAGAAAAGCCAAUAGUUGGUCUGAUGCUGUAAAAGUUGUGGGAUUUGUUUUUGUUUUGUUUCAACAAAUGCAGUUGUAAACAGGGGAAAGAAAAUAUAUCUUUGGGGUGUGCUUAUUCUUUUGAUAGCAUUUCAUGUCCAUACUUGUUUGAUUUUUUUUUUGUUUUUUUGUUUGUUUUCCUGUGACCACAGUACCAGAUUUCUUCUGAAAUCAAUUGAAUUUAACAAAACAUUUGUGGAAGGAAGAAAGACCUGAUUCUCUUUUUUUAUUGAGCAUCGAAGUAGAACUCACAAGCUGUAGUAGGAUACAACUAAGUUUAAAAGAACAAAGCUAAAACCAUUUUUGCGUUUUAUGUUGUGUUUGGAUGCUCUUCCCAUUAAUUGCAAAGUACUUCUCACAUCUGCGAGGUGUUUCUGUUUUCCCUUAAAUGCUGUUAAGUAUAACCUCAGUCUCUUUGCAUGUGUUUUUUUUCCAAGUUUUGUAUAUUAGUACUGGUAAGUCUGCCAAAAUGUGAAUUACACGUUUUCUACUGAAUUGAAAAAACUUUAACUUUUUAAAAAUAUUAUUAUUUAAAACACUAUUUCUGUGCUGCCUUCUGUUGUCUGCAUUAUGUUUGUUGGUAAGUAAAGUAUGUACAUGCAUAUACAUUGUAAAAAAAAAAAAAAACAAAAAACAACCUUUUUACAUGCAGCUAUAUUUAAACCAGUGCACAAAUUCAGCCAUAUCUGUUAAAUUUAAGGUGUAGUUUUAUCCAUUAAUGAGCUAAGUAAGUCAAAGUUCUUACAUAACUGGAAGCAUCAUUUGGUAUCAAAGUAUCUUUAGCAUAUACUGAUUGAUUCAGUAACUUUAAAAUCCUUAUACUGACUUUACGUAAUGAGCUCUUAAUAAUUUGUUGUUUUAUAAAUUAUUUAAAAAAAAAAAAAAAAACCUAAAUACAUCUUACCUGAGUUUGUUUUAUGUAUGAAUGUGCUACCAGUCUUGUUUUUUAUGAAAAUGGAAAGUGUCAGUAAGCAAAUGCUCACCAGCACUGCUUUGACCCACAGGUAUUUUCAGAACUGGAUGUACUAUAGUGUAUUCUCAGCAGUGGCUUUGCUUGUACUCGUAUAGAAGUGAUAAAUCUUUUACUAAUAGUAGGGUUUUUUUUAAAUUAUUUGCUGCUGUGAACUACUGUGUUUUGAGUUAGGUGUUUGGAUGGCUACUACCAUUUGUGUUUCUACAAAAAAAAUAACAAAUUUCAUGGCUGUAGCUACUGACCUCAUAGUGCCUGAAAUGAAAUGUGCUGUUCCUGAGGGCUUUUAAUAACUCCAUUGUGUUAACUUGCAGAUAUCAGUAAGAAUGAUUUGCCAAGGUAUAAAUGAUGACAAUUCAAUUCUUACUUUCUUUAAUGUUGUAAAAACAAUCACUAAUAGAAUCUGAAGGAGAAACGUGGGUAACUCAAAGGCUUACACUUGGUUCAGGAGUGUAGGGAGAAAAUACUGAAACAUGCAUUUGCAUCUUCUAUAAAGUCUUAAGCUACUUUGCUUUUCUUUAAGCAGUAGACUUAAUAGACAGCACUGCAGAUCGACUUUAUUCAGCAUCUUCUAGUUAAAAAUCACUGUAGAAGAGGAAUGUACAGUACUCAGGGAGUUCAGAAGAAUGCACUUGCAGAAGGACCAAAAUCACUGCAAAAUGUCCUGUGUUAAAAAUAACACCUACUUACCCAAACUGAAUUUUAAAUCAUCAACAGAAGUGAAAACAACGUAUACAACUCCUCAUCUAUAUAAUUCGUGAUAUCUUUGUAGUAAUUAUGUUCUGGGUUGAGACGUGAUAAUCUAAAUCAGAUCAGUAGAUUUUUUUUUUCUUAAAAAUGACUUACUGAGCAUUUUCUUUCUAUAAGUUACCAGGAAGGAUAAUUUAUGCCAUCACAGCUGUAUUAAUGUUAUCUAUGCCGGUAGUGACUGGACCAAAUAUUGAUUUUCAGCCUUCUCAUGUAGACUAAGGGUUGCUUUUAAAUUUAAGUCUUUACUGAGUGAGAAAUAUCAUUUACUUUCCUAGUAGUCUAACUUAAAGCCAACUUCAUUUACACUAAAACCUCAGUUCUACUGUGAGACUUGUGCGUACAUUGUCCUUUGUAGGUGCAGAGAUGACCUGAUUCCAGUAGGUGCUGGCUGUGUGCAAGUAAAAAGGUUCUUCUGUAUCUAUCUCAAAGAGUAUUAGGGCACAAAAAAAAACCCAAAAGCUUUUUCUUUACUAUUCUUACUCUUUUUGUCACAAUCUCAUUUCUUAAUAAAUGUAUGGGGCAGCAAAAUCUAAUCCUGCUUGAGUAAGCUUCAGGGGAACUUAAUAAUAUGUAGCUCACUCUGAAAGUAAUGCCUCCUGUUUAUAUUCAUGGAAACUACAACAUAUGCAAGGAGCACAAUAACACUUUGAUAGAGCAAAUUCUGAGCUACAAAACUACUUUUCACCACAGUCGCCACCAUUAGCUAUGCAUUCUCAACAGUAAUGAACAAGAGCAUGCAUGCCACAGAUAUAAAAAUUUGUGUCUCCCACUGGUGGUGACCCACUGUUCCCCAGCAUUGAAAAUGUUGCCUAUGCUGUCCAUCUUUCUUCAGCUUGAACAGGUGGAAAUCAGGAGGCCCCAAAUCCAGACUACACAGUGGGUGUGGUAGGACAGUCCAGCCAAGAUUGGCAGUGUGAUCCAUGGUCUUCAAACAUGUAUGGGGCCUGGAGUUAUUGUGUGACAGGAGAAAGGUUGUCUUCUUCUCUGGCUUGACUCUGGAAGUUGGAGCCUUCAUCAUGAUGUAUGGGUCAGAGUUGAUGGUUUGUCCAGAUUCCAGGAAAUCCAGACAGAUCACCUUUCCUAUCCCAAAAGGCAUUACUGUACUUGCUGAGAGCUGUGUCUUGUCUUUUUCUUUGAUAGAAAAUUCACAUCUUGCUGCUCCAAGAACUGCCUUUUUGACUCAGUCACUCAGUGCUGACACCGCAUCUCAUCACUGGUAAUGGUGCAGUUGAGGAAACUCACUUUCAGCCUCAGUGGGUCCUGACAAACUUUCGUACAGUGUUCUUUCUGUUCCUGUGUGAGCGUUUCUGGCACUCAGCGCAAGCUUUGUGAUAUUUCAACAUUAUUUCCGACACACUGAAGUAGAUACUUAUCCUAUACAGUUUCCUGAUUACAAUCUGCUGCUUCACGUGGAUAAAUUUUGUAGUGUGACAUCUGUGUUGAGCCAUCUGGAAUGUGGCUUAUCUUCAGUGUCACUGUCACCACUGCUAAAAUCCACCACCUACCACUUCACUGUGCUCACAUCCACUCUUGGAUCUCCAGAAACAUUCUGUGAGUGUUGUACAUCAGUAGGUGCCAUUUUUUCCACAUGGAGGAAUUAAAUUCCACACCAUUAUUUCACCUGCACUUCCAUGUUAGACAUCAUUGUGUCAGGCUGUCCCUAUGCGGCCAUCUGUCACACAGCAACAAAAGGGAAUGGAAUAUGGGUGGGAAGGUUCAGAAUCUACUGCCAUACCACCGACAUCGACCUCUGAUGUUGUAGGCCACCAUAAUAAAACAGGAGGCAUUACUUUUGGAGCAGCCCUUGUAGCAUACAAUAUUAUACCACAAGGGCUUGUCUGGGAAAUGGAUGUGGUUCUGGGAAUCUGGUUUUCCAUGAUUCAAGUGUAGUAAAUGGAUAUUACUUAAGACUUAAUUAGAAGUAUUGGUAACGAUGGAAGUGUUUCAUGUUUCAGGUCUGUAUUUAAGCAACUUCUGAGUUUCGUCGGCAAAGCAACUGCUAGUGAAGGCUUUGGUGUGUAUUGAUACUUGAAGCAUUAAGAACCAGAUUAUUUUUAGAUGCUCUGCUUUUAAGUUCCUGUUUAUCUUCAGCUGUCCAGAUCUGAAAGAUAUUGUUCAGAAUUGUGAAAUUCUAGCUUGAACUGUUGGUUAGGGCCUCCAUGCAGUCUUGUCUUCAAGAAGCUGGCUGUAACACAGGGGAAUGUGAGAUUGUUUUGUUAAUUCACAUUUCUACCAUGUUUUUAUUGUUUCAAGCAUGAAUUUGAGGCUUAUGUUCUCUUUUCCACUGCAGUGGAACUUGUGAGGCAGUUAUUGUUGUGUUCUAUGUCACAGGGGUAUCUUCUGUUUUAUUGAAAGUUUUAGCUCCGGAUUGUUAAGUGUUAAAAUAAAAGCAAAAGUAAACUGGGUAAAAGAGGGAGGAUUUUAAAAGCAUCUUUCAUUUGUCAAGAAGAAGGUAAGUUGCAAUUUUUGAUUGGGAAGUUUGAGGGGGGUUUCGUCUAUUUCCACUCCGUCCUUCCUGCAACACUUGCAAAUCUGAUCUUGCCUAGAUAUUUAAAAUUUAACAUAUGACCUCCUUUAAAAUUGCAAGUGUACUUGCCUUUUCUUAAGAAAAGGUGGACAUAGUGAGUUACAGUCUAGUUUAUUCACGCUUAUAGCAAAAAAUUAUUGGCUUCACUUCUUAAUUUAGCAUCUAACUCCAGAAAGGAGUUUUAUUUCCAAAUGAGCCAGAAUGGAUAAAAAGCAUAGAGCUUCUGUGAGUUGGCUGAACGCUGCCUGUUGCCAUUCAGCUUGCUGCUAUCUGUUGUAAUGGAACAGAUAAUUCUUUGCAGACUACUACGUAAGGAAAAAAAAUAGCUUAUUUUUUCCCCAUGAGGUGUUGGCAGUGGUUUCACAGUGGGAGGUAUUAGGCUGAAAAAAACCCUUUUGAAAUUCCUUCCCCUUUGAUUGAACUGCAGGGAGGCAGUAUGUAGUUUUUCUAAGGAUCUGCUCUUUCAGAAAGCACUGCCAGCGAGAGGGGCUAGUAGCUGUGUGUCAUGUACCUGGCAACCUGCUUUUGUUACCUCCUUUGAAACAUAGGGAUGCCCCACUUUCUGCAGUGUGGCAGUUCAUACUAGUUCUAAGGGUUUGUGACUUUAAUAUUUCUCUGGUCUCCGAGGUUUGCAGCCAUUAUUUCUUACAGACCUCCUGCCUUACAAACACAAGGGCUGCCUUUUUUCCUGCCGAUAAUACAGUACAUAUUUGCGUCAAGAACGAAGCACUGGUGCUCAGGAACUGAAGGAUAACAUUCAGCAGGUACAAAUGAAAAAAGGAAAAGAAAAGCACUGCUUAGCUCAUUAUGUCUGUUCUUUCGUGAAAUGAAGGUAAGCAUUAUAGGGAGAUGCAAAUUACCCUAAAAAUAAAUUUCUUUCACCUUUGUAAAUGACAAGGUCUUUUUAGAAAUAGAGACAAUCACAUUUGUAGAUCACAUUUGCCUUUUAAAGGUAUUUUUCAUUAGAAAAGUAGUGAAUUGGGCCCCUCAUUCUUUUUAAUGCUUCAAAUGUGGACUUUACACACGUGAAGAGUCCAAUAUAAAGAAUUCAUAAAGCUCUAAGUUACAUAAAAGAAAGCAUAAAGGCACAAAGAUGAUUAAAUGCGUGCCUAAGUGCUUACGGGGGUUUGGUAAUGAAAGAAAACAUCCAGCCUGUUCUUCAUUUAGUAACAAAUACCUGGUGAAGUUACUUCAGUCAGUAUGGUCUGUCCCAUGUGGCAGGGACAGGAAUGUGGGAGAGAACAGAGUGGAGAGAUACACGUAAUCCGUUUAGAACAGAGCUUGCCAGUGUCCUGUAGCUAACGUUUUGAGGUUUUCAUGUUUGUAAAGCAAUUUGAAGCUGCUUAAAAUAAAUAUUAAUGACUACGUUUGCAUCUGUAUUCUACGUUUGGAUGUUUGUAAACAAUUUAGACUUUCCCUUUCUGUAGGCAAACAUUAUAAAAGCAGUCAUGUGGCAGGUGGCAGAAAAACCUACUUCUUUGUGCAAAGCUUCAAUAGAUCACUACUAUUUUUUUUUUUUUUCCCAAAUUAGAAUUAACAUUUAGAUAGUCUUUUAAAAUAGCUUUCCAUGGUCAGAUACCUUUGGAUUAAUAUUGAGUUGGUAGCUAGGGGAAAACCACUUCUAUUUGCAGAUGGUAGAUUUUAUUUAUGGGUCCGGUAGAGAAAGCUUUGCUGUAAGUCUAGGAGAUACAGUGUUACGUAGGACUGUACUGCAGCUGCGCUUAGGGGGCUUGUAUUACCUCAGUGGAACCCACCUAACUUCUACAUCAGUUAUGGGAACAGGUGAAGGGAAGAUUGAGCUAUGUUUUUUAAUUUUAAAUAUUUUUCCCUAUAUAUUGUUAUUUUUUUAGAUCUUUUUAAAGUAUAUUAUUAUAUGCUGGAGAAUGCAAUUCUGCUAUAGUAUCCCUCUUGUUUCUAGUGUACAAUAUCAGAUUCUUUGUAUUGAAAGGAAUGUAUUUGAUAACAGGAAAAGUUAUUUUCGAAGUCUGCUGUGUUUAUGUCUAGCAAUUGGAAAUACUUUUCCUAUAUAAAAUUAAUGUUAUAUAGAUAUAUAAAUAUAUAUGUGACCUCAUAUGUACAUUUGGAUUAACUGUCUAAUGACUACAUCAGGGCUGCUAUAUACUUAUCUGAAAAAAUUUACGAUUGCCUCUUUUAAACUGUUUUAAAAAGCCUUUUCUCUUGUCUCUUUUUGGCAGAAGGUAAUUUUCCCUAGCUGUGGGUACAGUAUGCUCAGACUUGCAUUUGUGCUCUGUUCAGUUUUUAAACUGAAAAAAAAAAAUUGUAUAAAAAUGUGUAUAAAGAGAAGUGUAAAUAAAAUAUUUUUAAGCUUUAAA